CCUGUCUCAGCUGUCCCGCGGGCACGGAGCCCGUGCUGGGCUUGGAGUACAAGUGGUGGAACGUUCUGCCCCCCAACAUGGAAACCACCGUGCUCAGUGGCAUCAACUUCGAGUACAAGGACAUCGCAGGCUGGGAGGUGGCUGGGGACUACAUCUACACCGCGGCCGGAGCCUCGGACAACGACUUCAUGAUCCUCACGCUGGUGGUCCCUGGCUUCAGCCCUCCAAACCCAGUGCUGGAGGACUCAGAGAGCAGAGAAGUCGCCAGGAUCACCUUCGUCUUUGAGACCAUCUGCAGCGUGGGCUGUGAGCUCUACUUCAUGGUGGGUGUCAACUCCCGCACCAACACCCCAGUGGAGACCUGGACAGGUCCCACGGGGAAACAAUCCUACACCUAUGUGGUGGAGAAGAACGCGACCAUGAGCUUCACCUGGGCCUUCCAGCGCACGCCCUACCACGAGGGGGGCCGGAGAUACACCAGUGACGUGGCCAAGCUCUACUCCAUCAAUGUCACCAACGUCCUGGGGGGGGUGGCCUCCUUCUGCCGCCGCUGUGUCCCCCAGCCUGGGGGCUCCUGUGCCCCCUGUCCCCCCGGGAGUGCUGUGGACCCCAACUCGGGCACCUGCCGGCCCUGCCCACCUGGUACCUACCUGCGGGGUCACCCCUCAGAUGGCACCUGCCACCCCUGCGGUCCUGGCACGCACAGCAACCAGCUGCGGUCGCUGUGCUACAACAACUGCAGCCUGACGGUGGCACUGCCAGGCCAGACCCUGCACUACGAGUUCCCCGCGCUGAGCACGGGCACAGGGGUGGGCACUGCCCCCAGCUUCACCCCCAAGGGGCUGCGCUACAGCCACCGCUUCCACCUCAGCCCCUGCGGCCACCAGGGCAGGAAGAUGGCAUCAUGUGCUGACAAUGUGACCGAGGGCCGUGGUGGCACGGGCAGUGCCCGCCUGGUCACCUCCUACGUGUGCCAGGCCAUCCUGGUGCCCCCCGAUGUCACUGGCGCCCGUGCCGCCGUGUCCUCACAGCCAGUCAGCCUGGGAGACCGACUGCUGGGUGUCACCACCAGCUCCACACUGGACGGCAUUGUGUCCCCCGCGGAGCUCUUCCCCCCUGGGCACCCCAACCUGCCUGACAUCAUCUUCUUCUUCAGGUGGGGACAGGGGUGACACCCACACCGUCCCUGCAGUGGUGGCCGAGCCACCACCAUCCGUCUGCGCUGCGACCCCCUGCGCCCUGGCACCGGCACCCUGGCUGUGCCCAGUAAAUGCCCCGAGGGCACCUGCGACGGCUGCACCUUCCACUUCCUCUGGGUGACAGCCGAGGGGUGUCCUCGCUGCUCCCACACCCACUAUCGCCCCAUCGUCAGCGCCUGCACCGGUGGCACCCAGGUACACCCCGAGGGUAACCAG